UCGUCUGCUGCCACCUCAUCUGCCGCCGGAGCCCAUAGUGUCAAGAUGCCAGCCGCAAAGGAGAAUGCAUGGAUCGGUUACCAAGGCGCAGCUGGCGUCGACCUGAGGAGUGAUACGCAGACGACGCCGACGCAGUCUAUGCUGAAUGCCAUCAUCAACACUACCCUGCUGGACGAUGUGCGCGAGGAGGACCAGACCACCCUCGACCUCGAGGCCCACUGCGCCUCACUCACGGGCAAGGAGGCAGGUCUCCUCAUGCUCUCGGGUACAAUGGGCAACCAGGUUGCCCUGAGGGCCCUGCUGGCCCAGCCGCCUCAUGGUGUGCUGUGUGACUACCGUUCUCACAUUGUGAAAUAUGAAGCCGGAGGUGUCGCAUCCCUCUCUGGCGCGCAGCUCGAGUGCGUCCGCCCCUCGAAUGGCGUCUACCUGACCUUGGAGGAGAUCCAGGAGCACGCCCACAUCGUCGACAACGUGCACUACUGCCCCACCCGCGUCAUCUCCCUCGAGAACACGCUCAACGGCAUGCUGAUGCCCCUGUCCGAGGUGCAGCGCAUCUCCGCCUGGGCGCGUGAGCACGGCGUCCUGAUGCACUGCGACGGCGCCCGGCUGUGGGAGGCUGCCGCCUCGGGCGCGGGCAGCCUGCAGGACUUUUCGGCCUGCUUCGACACGGUGACCCUGUGCUUCUCCAAAGGCCUGGGCGCCCCGAUCGGGAGUAUCCUGGUCGGCGCCAAGGACGUCAUCCAGCGCGCCAGGUGGGUGCGCAAGUCCCUCGGCGGCGGCCUGCGCCAGGCCGGCGUCAUCUCAGCCGCAGCCCGCGUCGCCGUCGACGAGACCUUCGGCGCGGGCCCCAGCGGCGAGGGCGGCCUUCUCAAGAAGAGCCACGAGGCGGCCCAGACAGUCCAGAAGAUGUGGACCGACCUGGGCGGGAAGGUGGUCUACCCCGUGCACACCAACAUGGUCUGGCUCGACCUCAAGGAUGCCCGGUGUACGGACGACCGGAUAACCGAGCUGGGCCAGGAGCAGGGCCUGUACCUCGACAGCGGGCGGAUCGUGUGCCAUUACCAGAUUUAUCAGAACCGCGAGGUCGUGAUGCCGAAGCUGGACAAGAUUUUCAAGACGAUCUUUGAGGAGAAGGGUAAGACUGGAGAGGGUGGUGGUGGCGGCGCCAGCGGAUCAAAGCCACUAUAUAAGUAGUCAGUAAUCAAUUAGAACGCAUGCAAGAUAGACUUCUAAUUAGAUUGAAUCAUAUUU